AUGGAUCCACGUCAACCGAGGGAAAAACAGGAAAUGUCAGAGGAAGAAGAGAGGAAGAGAAUUGACAAUGUAACACGAGGAGAGAGAAGUAUCAGGUCACGAGACAUUUUCUUCAUGCAUUAUGGGAAUGAACGGAUGGGAAAAGAGACGGAGGUACAGGGACGAGAUGAGAUUGAGGGGGAGGAUGAGAUAGAGGAAAAGGGGAAAGGGAGAAAAAGGGAGAGAAGAAUCAUGCAACUCAUAGUAUGUAUCGGAAGGGACGACUUCCGUCGAUGUGUUGCUGUAUUAUUGCAUAGGAUAGGAGUGCUCGAGUAUGGUACUGAUGUACUCCUUCAAAGACAGAAACAAGACCGCAUUGCCAAGCAAAUCACACUUGAACGAAGAAAGUAA